AUGCAAAGGGGUGAUAGAAAAUUAGUAACCAAGUUGCUGGAUGUGUACAUGGCGGGCCGUAUUCCGACCAUGGCUCAUCAUUCACCGAAAGGAAUCAGUGACGCAGUAGCGGCCACAUAUGGUAUAUCAGCCGUCACAGCAAUGCUGGCUCUCUCGACUCUUCCUCAGAGAUGUGGCUGGAUCGCUGGAAACAAGGCCUAG